AAACCCAGCAACCCGGAAAACCCCUGACAGCCCAAACCUACCCAUCACUAUCUCCGCGCUCUCAAUUCCCAAGACUUAACCGACAUAAGUACUUAAGCGCAAUGGUGUAUAAAAAUCCGAAAUGUUCUCUAAUGUAUGCUUUUCAUUGGCUGCCCAAGCCUUAUCUCUUGUCCGCCCCGCCGUGCUCCACGUGCCGGAUGCGAUAAGAAGAUGGGACGGGUGGGUAUGGUAGGAAAGCAAAGCCGGACAAUUCCAAGCCUUGGUACGGUGGGGGAUGCAGAUUGCAGAUAGUGAAUUUGGAAUGAAGAAUGUUUGCGUUGGGCAUGAUGCUGAUAGUCACGAGUAUUUGUGUUACAGUUCCUAUCUUGUACAGUGUGGGAACAAUGGGUACAAUAAAAGCCCUGGCCGCAGUUUCGUUGGUUGCAGCGAAUGUCAAGGCUGCUUUGUCUUCUACGGGCUUCACAAUAUCCAUGUCAGACAUUGACUAUUUCCUUCCCCCAAGGCCGGUGGCCAAGAUAUUUAGAUGCAAGGAAACCCAGACGCUUUUCGACGAUGCACCAUUUGUGCCGUUUACGGUAGUGAAGGGCGAUGACUCGGUGAUGGAUGUCGCAUCGCUGACGAUUGGUUAUGCCGACGACGAUGUGUGGCAGGAAGGUUUCAUGCAAGGUACUUACUUCAUAGAACAUUUGCAGCUUUGCAAGUAACCCAUCAUUCAGCAAUCCAUGUGUAGGUUAGCAGUGUGAG